AUGUUGACUACUCUAAAUAUACCCGAUGAGGUAAUGAGCAACAAGGACCCUGAACACUACUUCCAGAUAGUGGAAAAGCUGGGCGAAGGAUCAUAUGGCUCAGUAUGGAAGGCUAUCAAUCGUGACACUGGUGUACAGGUUGCAAUCAAAAGGAUAUCAGUCGAUGCAGACAUUGAUGACAUGAAGAAGGAGAUCAACUUUAUGAAACAAUGCACAAGCAAGUAUAUCAUCACCUAUCAUGGCAGCUUCAAAAAGGACAAUGAGAUAUGGAUCGUCAUAGAGUAUUGUAGCUCUGGCUCAAUAUGCGACCUCAUGAAGAUUACAGAAAAGACUUUGUCAGAGGAGCAGAUUGCUGUCGUCAGCAGAGAUGUUCUGUUGGGUCUGUCUUACUUGCACGCUAGCAGGAAGAUACAUCGCGAUAUCAAGGCCGGAAACAUCUUGUUGAACAACAAGGGCGAGUGUAAGCUGGCGGACUUUGGUGUCAGUGGUCAGUUGGACGGAUCGAUCGCCAAGGCACAGACUGUGAUUGGAACACCAUUCUGGAUGGCACCCGAGGUGAUUCAGGAGGUGGGUUACGACUACAAGGCAGACAUAUGGUCGUUUGGAAUAACAUGCAUCGAGAUGGCAGAGGGCAAGCCACCCCUGUUCAACGUGCAUCCGAUGAGGGUCAUCUUCAUGAUCCCAAACCCAUCGCGUCCACCACCUCGUCUUACCGAGCCAGAGCAAUGGUCCGAUGACUUUAACGACUUUAUCGCCAAGUGUCUGGUCAAGAAGCCAGAGGCACGUCCAUCUGCGGACGAUCUACUCAAACAUCCAUUCAUCACCAAUGCCAAGUCUCACGGUCUUCUCGUGCCUCUGAUCGAUGAGCAGGAGCAAAUCAUAGGAAUCAAGGGCAGAGAGGCUGCACUGGGACUCGAGGAGGAGGAGGAGAUCGAGGAGGAAGGCGAGCAGGAGGAAGAGGAGUCGGGUGAUUCCGGACGUUCAGGCAGUGACGACAAUGAUGAGGACUGCGACGAUGAAGAGGAGGCAGAGUACAGAGGCGAUCACUACAAUGGCAAUGAUCAGGACGAUUAUGACUCUGCGGUGGAUGUCGACGAUGAUGAGGACUAUGACUUUGGAACGAUGGUCAUCAACAACAACAACAACAACAAAAACAACUAUGGUACAGUUGUACUGAACAACGAUGAUGAGGACUCUUCAACAAUUAGAUUGAGUUCCACAAAGAAGAAGAAGAACACCUACGUACCAGCAUACAUGGAGCAGUUUAAAGACAAGUCAAAGAACCCUUCUACUGCUGCUGUUGUUGAUGUGCACAACUAUGACAAUAUGUCAUUGGAUGAACUGGAGAAGAGUUUGGAGGAGAUAGAGGCUGAGAAGGAUAGACAGAUCGCGAUGAUCAUGGAUAAAUAUAAUCAGGACGUUCAAACAAUUAGCAACUUUAUCAACGAUAGGAGAAAGUAA